UGAUCCACGGAAGGUCCAAUUUGUAUUUUGAACCUUCGGCCUGUAUUAUACAUAUAUAUCCUCACCAACCAAAAUCCUUUCUGCAGAGUGCACGUCACACAGUAAUCGUCACGCGAACCCUUCCGCCUCUGUGGUUUCCUUUGCCCUUUUUUCUGUUUACUUUUUUCAAACAAGGAACUAUCGACAUUGUCAUUUCUCAAUCAUCUCCACUCGCCGCCAUGCAAUCCACCUUCAUUUCUCCACGCCCCGCCACCCCUUUCCACUGCCCAAUUACUCAUCACCCUCACUUUUCUACUCGCCGUUCGUCUUCCUCCCUGCGCGUGGUUGCUCAGUCGCCGCCAGCUGUUACUACAGAGCCAUCACCAUCACAAGCCACUACUACAGUGUCUCAAAAGCUAAACAAAUACAGUUCUCGAGUAACGGAACCCAAAUCCCAAGGUGGCUCCCAAGCAAUUCUUCAUGGAGUUGGCUUAUCGGAUGAAGAUUUAAGUAAACCCCAGAUAGGCAUUUCAUCAGUUUGGUAUGAAGGGAACACUUGCAAUAUGCAUUUGUUAAGCCUAUCUGAAGCUGUUAAACAAGGUGUACAAGACGCAGGGAUGGUUGGUUUUAGGUUUAAUACUAUUGGUGUUAGUGAUGCUAUUUCUAUGGGUACCAGAGGAAUGUGUUUUAGCUUGCAAAGUAGAGAUUUGAUUGCUGAUAGUAUUGAAACUGUUAUGAGUGCUCAAUGGUAUGAUGGCAAUAUCUCUAUUCCUGGCUGCGACAAGAAUAUGCCAGGUACAAUUAUGGCAAUGGGCAGGCUCAACCGACCAAGUAUUAUGGUUUAUGGUGGAACUAUAAAGCCUGGUCAUUUUAAUGGCCAUACAUACGAUAUAGUAUCUGCCUUUCAGGUUUAUGGAGAAUAUGUAAGUGGAUCUAUAAGUGACGAGGACAGAAGAAAUGUAGUUCGCAAUUCAUGUCCUGGGGCUGGGGCUUGUGGUGGAAUGUAUACAGCUAACACGAUGGCUUCUGCAAUUGAGGCCAUGGGAAUGUCUCUUCCUUACAGCUCGUCAAUACCUGCUGAAAACCAAUUGAAGUUGGAUGAAUGCCGUUUAGCUGGAAAAUAUCUUCUGGAAUUAUUGAGGAUGGACUUGAAACCACGAGACAUAAUCACCCGUAAGUCUCUUCGUAAUGCAAUGGUUGUUGUAAUGGCAUUAGGAGGAUCUACCAAUGCUGUGUUGCACUUGAUUGCAAUUGCCAGGUCUGUUGGACUGGAGUUAACCCUUGAUGAUUUCCAGAAGGUUAGCGAUGAAGUUCCAUUUCUCGCAGAUCUAAAGCCAAGUGGCAAAUAUGUUAUGGAGGAUUUGCACAAGAUUGGAGGAACACCUGCAGUCAUUCGCUAUCUUUUGGAGCAUGGUUUCAUGGAUGGGGAUUGCUUGACUGUGACUGGGAAGACUUUGGCUGAAAAUGUGCGAAAUUGCCCACCUUUGGCUGAGGGGCAGGAUAUUAUAAGGGCAUUAGAAAACCCCAUCAAGAAAACAGGUCACCUCCAAAUACUACGUGGAAAUCUCGCACCAGAGGGUUCUGUAGCAAAAAUUACAGGAAAAGAAGGACUAUAUUUCUCUGGUCCGGCACUUAUAUUUGAAGGAGAGGAAGCUAUGAUUGCAGCUAUAUCAGAAGAUCCUAUGAGUUUUAAGGGAAAAGUAGUAGUUAUUAGAGGAGAGGGGCCUAAGGGAGGACCAGGCAUGCCUGAAAUGCUGACACCAACAAGUGCAAUCAUGGGAGCUGGUCUUGGAAAGGAUUGUGCAUUGCUAACAGACGGUAGGUUUUCAGGAGGUUCUCACGGUUUUGUUGUUGGGCAUAUAUGCCCUGAAGCACAGGAAGGUGGUCCAAUAGGACUUAUUAGAAAUGGCGACAUCAUCAACGUUGAUGUUCGAGAAAGGAGAAUAGAUGUUCAGCUAACAGACCAGGAAUUGGCAGAACGAAAAAGGAAUUGGACUCCGCCUCCAUACAAGGCUACUGGUGGAGUUUUAUACAAGUACAUGAAGAACGUGCAAUCAGCUUCCAAAGGAUGUGUGACUGAUGAGUAGUGGAGAGGACAUGCUGUUAGAGAAUUACAGAGUUUGAUGGGAGCUAUCCAUGCUUGCCACGAGCUAUUUUGGGUACCCUAUUGCGUCUCUUAUUAGGGUAUUUAUUAGGGCCUUCAUUUGCCUGUGUUCUGUUAACAUUUUUUGGGUAGGUUAGCUGUGAAAAUUUUGGUAAUACCCUGUGUUAUUUACCAGCCAGUUCGAGUCUCUUGUAAUGCAGUUUUUAGAUGUAUGGAUCUGAACUUGUAUAGAGAUUGCAAAAUAAAUGUCGUUGGACUUAUCUAUUGGGAACA